CAUUCUUCAAGAAGUCAGCCCACUUCGUACUACUACGUAGUACCAUACCAGCAUCAGCUGCAUCUACUUCCAGAACUCUACCUGUCUACUUAGGUACAUGAUUCGUAUGCAUAUUGUCAAACACAUCAAUCAUCUUCAUAUCUUACCUCAUACUCUCCUACAUUUAUCCUAGUACCUGUCCCCGGAAUUCGCUAUUUCACCUACGGAGCUGUCGUGACUAAAUAGUCUCAUAACCAUGGCGGAAGAGGACGUCGCAACGAAAGCUCCCGAAAGCGAUGCUCAAGAGAACAUCAUCCCAGGAGAUACACCAGCCCAGACUGGUCCAACGAUGGGUGAGCACUGUACAAGCGACAGGCCGACUCCUACCGGUCUGGCACCGAAAGGAGAAUUAAGGAAACUUGGCGGAGUUGAUAUCUACCUUUCGAAGCCGGAGUCCUACCCGACAAAUCCUUCGAAACUCCUCCUUCUCCUUUCCAGCGGUACGGGCAUCAAAUCGACAAACAAUCAGAUCCAGGCCGAUAAGUUCGCAGAUGAAGGCUUUGUCACGGUAAUGCCCGACCUCUUCGAUGGCAACCCGGCGCCGAAUUCUUCUAUCGCCCCCGAGGCUGAGGCGCAAGGAACAUCAUUCCUUGACAAGAUCAAACUCAAGGCCGCCGAAAUUGCAAAGUCGUUUGUGAUCGAUGAAUGGUUAGCACGCCAUACCGAAGAGAAGGUCUUGCCAAUACUCGAGAAAGUCGUCGAUGCCUGUAAGAGCGAGUUUGCCGAUGCGGUGGGCAACGGAGGUGGCAUUUAUGCGGUAGGCUAUUGUUUCGGCGGUCGGUACGUUCUGCUUUUAGCUAGUGAACGCAGCCGGGUACAGACCGGUUGGACCGGGGCUCAGAAACCAUCCGACGAAGAAGCGGGCGAAGGGGCAAACCCUACAAAGGGCCCGUAUAUCAAGGCGGGUGCGCUGGCGCAUGCGACUCUAGUCUCCCCGGAUGAUUUCCAAGGACUAAAAGUACCGGUAAGCCUGGUCUGCGUGGAAAGCGAUCCCAUGUUCCCCGACGAAGUCCGCGAGACGGGAGAAAACAUCAUGUCCAAGGAGAAUGUAGAGCAUGAGGUUCAAGUUUAUCCCGGCGUCCCCCAUGGUUUUGCCGUCAUUGGAGAUUACGACGACGAUAAUAUCAGAAAUGCGCAAGAAACCGCUUUUGAGCAGAUGUUAAGAUGGGUCAAGGAGCAUUAAUGACACGGGGUAGGAAUAGGUCUGAUCACAUGGCGUUGUCCGGUUAAUGUCUUCAAGAUGAGAGGCAUAGUAAUGAUUCAGGUACCUG